AUGAAGCUCACUUUUCGCAUUGUUGUAGGAAAGAACUUUGGAUCCCAGGCUGUGACGUGGCGGUGUUGGGACCGAGAAUCUGUGUUCCUUACCCAAUCCACCAUGGAAUGCCCCCUUGAGGAAUUGAAGGAUCUUCAAUGUCUGAAAGGAUUCGAUAUCCCAAUUAUCUUGGUCUUCGUCUUCUGUUCAAAAAAUCCCAAGAUCUUCGAAGUCACUUCCUUACUCCGUUCCCUUUCCAUCUUCAGUACAAGGACAUUCCACGCAAUCGGAUUCGUGGACUCUGAGGCACGGGAAUAUUUAGAGAAGCACCUUCCGAGAUUGUUAAAUGUCGGAACUUAUGAACUGAGGGAUGUGAAAUUCCCCCAGGACCAAGUGAAUAAGAGCAUCCAUCACAAGCCCUGUGCUGCUCUCAGACUUUUCCUCCCGGAUCUCCUGCCCGAAUACGAUUCUGUGAUUUACGUGGACACCGACAUUAUCUUCUUGGCACCUUUGGAAGAACUCUGGGUGCAGUUUGAAACCAUGAGUCCCUGGUCCUUCAUCGGUGCUACUAAGGAACUGGAGGAUUUUGAAGGGUACAGCCAUUACAGGAAACCGAACACUCCCUUCCCGUUCUACGGGCCUACUGGCAUCAAUACAGGCGUUCUGCUGAUGAACCUUACCCGAAUGAGAUCACUGGGACCUGCCUGGUCGUCGGAAAUAAGCUCCAUAUAUGAAACGUUUAAGGGGCAGUUCACGCUUGGCGACCAAGACAUCCUCAACAUCUACUUUCAUCGACAUCCCCAUAAUAUCACGAUCAUCCCGUGCAGAUUUAACUACAGGGUGGACCACUGUCUCCUGAGAAAGGCUUGUAUCCCAUCGAAGAACGAAUGCUGGCACUUGAACUUAUGUGAAUCGGCAGAACGAGAGGGUGUUGCCGUGAUUCACGGCGCUCGAGGUGCCUUUCAUGACGUCGACGAAACACCAUUCACUGCAGCUGUGGAUUGGAUGUGGAAUUUGGAGGAAAGGGAGAGCGAUAAAAGGGCUUUUGUUCAAGACUGGGCGCGCAAGCUACACGCCGUAAAGGGAAGCGCCUGUGGACAUGUAUUUCAUAUAUUCCUCAAAGCAUUCCCUCCCUCCUGGUCACUUCUCAAUUACUGA